GCUCAAAGAUACAUCAGAAUAUCACGACCGCUUUCAAUAUCGAAUCCGGAAUGUCGCGCGAACUAGCUCCUGACUGGAUCUUAAAGCAAGCGCUGGACGUGCAGCACUCGGCCAACAUGACUUGGCGUGCUCCCAACGGCGCGACAGCCACCAAUCCAAAUCCCCCAGAGACCCCUGGAUUGGAACUGACGGUCAUCGGCUGUGGCACCAUGGGCAUCGCCAUUCUUGGUGGGGUCAUGGACUCGCUGUCGUCUGCUCAUCCGCAAGAUCACGUCAGCAUUCCCGGAAAGAGCGUCAGCGGCACCAGCACGCCGGCGGAACCUCUACCCGAACGUCUGCCAAACCGCUUCAAUGCUUGCGUGAGGCGGCACCAGAGCGCGAAGAGAAUUCAAAGCGAACUGAGCAAGUACCCGGCUUUCGACAAGAUGACCAUCUACGAGAACGACAAUUUGACUCCUACGAAAGCCGCCGAUGUCAUCCUGCUUGCCUGCAAGCCUCAAAUGGUUGGCGAAAUUCUCGCAGAUCCCGAGAUGAAAAAGGCGUGCGAGGGCAAGCUGCUCAUCAGUAUCUGCGCUGGAGUCACUGGAGAGCAAAUCUCUGCCAUCCUCGGCGAAGACAAUUCGUGUCGCGUGAUCAGAGUCAUGCCGAAUACGGCGGCGGCGGUGCGGGAAAGCAUGACGGUUAUUGCCACUUCCACUCCUCCGCUUCCACCGCUGCUUAGCCACCUCGUCACUUGGAUCUUCACGCGCAUUGGCCGAGUUGUUUACCUGCCUCCCAGCACCAUGGAUGCAUCUACUGCCCUUUGCGGCUCCGGUCCCGCCUUUGUUGCGCUGUUCUUGGAGUCGUUGGUCGCCGGUGGAGUCGCAAUGGGCCUUCCUAGGGAGGAGGCCUACACAAUGGCGGCGCAAACCAUGCGCGGUACUACCGGUCUGGUGCUGCAGGGAGAGCAUCCGGCUAUCCUCAAGGACAAAGUCAGCACGCCAGGCGGAUGCACUAUUGGAGGGCUGUUGGUGCUGGAAGAGGGUAGCUUGAAGGGCACGGUCGCCAGGGCGGUGAGAGAAGCUACGGUGGUUGCCAGUCAAUUGGGGCAGGGUAAGAUUGGGGUCAAUGGCCCCCGUGGGAAAUGAGGCUGACGAGGUCUGAUGCAAUCGAGGCCGACCAAUGGAUGCCGCGCGCUGUGCAACACAUCUAGCAGCGGCGAGAUUGGAUUGGGAAGGAUGGUGGUCAGUUCUGGAAAGCCGGUUUGGUCUGAGAAUCACGAGCUUCGUCCACUCCACGGCGCAGUGACGCCCGGGCUCUUAUGAUGGGUUGAAUGCACUCGCAAAGUCCGGAGAGCUGCAGCAUCAUUGCGGCGGAGGCUAGAUUAGACGGUCAGUCAUCGUCCACUCUAUCAGCGGUGGCAUAUCAUAACGUGAAGCGCCAUUAUAGCAUGUCUGUGAGCAAGUCGAUCUACU